AUGACCCACAGGCGCGUCUGCGCCUUGCGCCGCCACGCAGAGGCCGGGUGCUCGAUCAUGCCUCUGUUCGUAUUCGCGAACGUCUCGCGCGACGCCGUUGAGGAAGCCGACGAUGUAGUGUUUCUGCCCGACGUGCAGCCUUCCAAACGCCUGAGCAACGGCGUCAGUGUCUGGUGGAAACUCGGCAAGAACAGGGAUAUGUGGAGGGAGGGACAGUACAAGACCCCAGCGUGGUUCCAGCACGCCCUGCAGUAUCCCUGGGCGACGCACAUCGCAAAGAUGGACCUUGACACGUAUCCCUUCGUGACGGCGAUCUACAACGACUUGAUCCGCCUUCCGCCCACCCGCGUGUUCUACGGCAGGCAGUUUUCCGUGGGGGGGGGUGGCAUGUAUGGCGAGUUCUAUCUUGUCACCAAGGACGUCGCGGCGGGGUGGGUGGACGUGGAGAACUUAACGAGGAAGGCGCGGCGUGCGCAGUUCAAGGGCAUCGCCGAAGACCAGACGUUUGCUACGGUCAUGCGUUUGGGAGUUCAUACUUAUUGGUUUGCUUUAAACGGCUGUAGGCAAGUUAGAUGGGUCCACAUGAGAUAG